GUGGCAAGGGUCCUCUCAAUCUGCAAGCUACUGCUUUGAAAGGAUAGUUACAGUCUACAAGCCUGUGUUGUCGUCGAUAAGAUCCAUGGAGUCAUCAUUUUUCAUCGCUGGAACGUUCCUUGUUUUCAUCUCCCUUGUACAGGGGCAGAGCAUCUGCACGUCUCUGUUCGGAGUCCUGCCCCACCCCACGGACUGCAGCGGGUACAUCGAGUGUGUCGGGGGUCAGCCGGUGCAGCGGCGAUGUCCCACGGACAGAGUGUUCAGCUCCCUUCUAGACGACUGUGUCUUCCCUUGGGACACCAAUGCCGACCUCUGUCCUAGAAAGCAGGAUUCCGUGGUCACAAUAUGCACGAACUACUCCACUGCAUUCUUCCCUCACCCGACCAACUGCCAUCAGUUCUACAACUGCACUGGACACUCAACUCUCAUCUACUUCCCCCCAGUGUCCGGUCCGGACUCAGACGACUUUUACCGGUUCGAAUGCCCCUUUCCGCAGCUGUUCAAUGACGUCACCAUGCGAUGUGAGGACUACCCUAACGUGCGGUGUGGACACAGGUUCCAGCCUCUAGGCCAAUGUGAGUACGACCGACUCCGGUGCCAGACUGGUCGUUGUCUUUGUGAAAAUCGGUGGCCGAGCUGCAGGGGCCUGCCUGAUGGCGAGAAUGUCUUCAAAUACAGAGAGUGGUCUCCGUACUUUAUUAUUUGUAAAGACCAGCGACUUGCCGACAUCGGUAGAUGUUCAACACAUCCAAGGCUGAAUGUUCAGGAGGUACAUCAUAGAAAGUACACAAAAUAUUUCUCGCCAGACCUUAAUAGAUGUGCAAGUCUGUAUGAAAUACCAAGGGAGCACAACGGCUUCUUUCUCAACUGCACGGGUCGUCCUGAUGGCUUGUACCCGGAUGACGGCACCAACAGAACAAACCUGUACUUCCGGUGCACUUCAGGGGUGCAAACGGAAAUCUCUUUGUGUCCAGACGGCCAAUAUUUCAAUGCACAAUCGUCUUACUGCAUCGCAGGUGUGUAG